AUGGGCGGAUUGCUUAAUGCUACCGGUGAGAGAAACGGCAGCCCCGUGAAGCCCGCUGUAGCCAUCACUGACCUAACGACAGGUCUACACGCGUUCGGUGCGAUAAUGACCGCCCUGUAUCACCGAAGCAAAACGGGCAGGGGGCAGAGGAUCGACUGCAACCUGCUCUCGACGCAAAUCUCGAGCAUGAUCAACGUCGCCAACAUAUACCUGAACUGCGGCACGGAGCCCCAGCGCUGGGGCACGGCCCACGCGAACAUCGUGCCGUACCAAGCGUUCAGGACCAGAGACGGUGAGAUAGUAAUCGGUACGGGAUCGAACGCCCAAUUCGCUCAGCUUUGCAAGUACCUCGGCAGGGAGGGUUUGAUAGACGAUGAGAGAUUCAAGGACAACUCGGCGAGGGUGAGGAACCGGGAGGAGCUGGUCGAGAUCAUCGGCGCGAUCGUCGCGGAGAAAACGAAGAAGGAAUGGGCGGAGAUCUUCAGGGACGCCCCGUUCCCCAACGGGCCGAUCAACACGAUGAGGGAGGUGUUCGAAGACGAACACGUGAGGGCGAUAGGGCUGGUGGAAGAGCUGCCGCAUCCAGACGCCGGCACGGUUAAGGUGGUAGGGCCGCCGACGCUGUACAGCGCUGGCGGGAACGAAGCCAGGUCCGCCCCCCCCACGUUGGGGCAGCACACGAAAGACGUGUUGGCAAACGUCCUGGGCUACCACGAGGAGAAAAUAAACGGUCUAUUCAAAAUAAGGUCGUGCGAUAAUUUAUGGGAAAUUACUCAAAUUGCAGGUCCCCUGGAACCAGCGGCCGUAAUCACGCUGCGGCCGACGCGCGCCAAAGCACGCAAGAAGGUCGUGUGGACGGAGGACACCGUGGACAAUGAAAACAUGAACAAGAAGAAGUCAAAAUGCUGCUGCAUAUACGAGAAGCCGCGCCGCUUCGACGAGUCCGAUUCGGAGAGUAGCGAGGACGAGUGCGAGCACUGCUUCGGCCACGUGGAGCAGCGGCGGCACAAGCGACACGCCGCUGAGACCAUCACCGAGCUCCAGGAAGCCUCGGAGACUACAGCAGAAAUAACGCUACGGGCGAAUGAAGAAACCACGGAGGAACCCCCCACCCCGCCCUCUCCCCCCACACCGCCCUCCACU